CAGGGUCCGGGGAGAGCGGAUAUAGUGAAUGAAUCCGGGGAGAGCGGAUAUAGUGAAUGCAGGGUCCGGGGAGAGCGGAUAUAGUGAAUGCAGGGGUCCGGGGAGAGCGGAUAUAGUGAAUGCAGGGUCCGUGGAGAGCAAAUAUAGUGAAUGCAGGGUCCGGGGAGACCGGAUAUAUGAAUGCAGGGUCCGGGGAGACCGGAUAUAGUGAAUGCAGGGUCCGGGGAGACCGGAUAUAGUGAAUGCAGGAUCCGGGGAGACCGAUAUAGUGAAUGCAGGGUCCGGGGAGACCGGAUAU